AGCCAUCAUCCAGCAACUUAAAGCUUUACAUCUUCACUAUCUACGCCUCCAUAGUCCGCCACUCACUGCCGUCCCUGGCCUUCCAUCUUAUAUAAGCACUGAAUAAAUUGCAUAUAUUGCAAAAUCUAUACAAAUUCUAGUAGUAUUUACAUAAAUUUGUGGAAAAAUAAAUUGUAUUUUUUCAGACAUGGGAAACGCUGAUUACGAGUGUUCCCACAAGGUGGCAGUUCCGCCCUCAAAACCAUUUCUCCAGUCUCUGAAAUCUGGUCUGAAGGAGACGUUCUUUCCUGACGAUCCUUUCCGGCAGUUCAAAAACCAGCCUCCGUCCAGGAAGGUUCUGUUGGGGUUACAGUAUCUGGUGCCCAUCCUCGAGUGGGCUCCUCGCUACUCUUUCCAGUUCUUCAAAUCUGAUCUCAUCGCCGGUAUCACCAUUGCCAGUCUUGCCGUCCCUCAAGGCAUAAGCUACGCCAGUUUAGCGAGUUUGCCGCCGAUUAUCGGACUAUAUUCAAGCUUUGUUCCUCCGCUGGUGUAUGCGAUGCUUGGGAGCUCGAGAGAUUUAGCAGUGGGGACUGUUGCUGUGGCGUCUCUUUUAAUGGCUUCCAUGUUGGGCAAAGUAGCAAACCCUACCGAAAACCCUCAGGCCUAUCUUCAGUUGGCAUUUACAGCUACAUUUUUUGCUGGAGUUUUACAAGCUUCUCUUGGCAUCUUCAGACUUGGGUUUAUCGUGGAUUUUCUGUCACAUGCAACCAUAGUGGGUUUCAUGGGUGGAGCAGCCACUAUUGUCUGCUUACAACAGCUAAAAGGGAUUCUUGGUUUGGUUCAUUUUACUCAUGAGACCGACGUUGUAUCCGUCAUGCGCUCUGUUUUUGCCCAAACACACAAGUGGCGAUGGGAGAGUGCUGUCCUUGGUUGCUGUUUCCUUUCCUUCCUCUUGCUCACAAGAUACUUCGGUAAAAGAAAGGCGGCAUUCUUUUGGGUAAAUGCGAUGGCACCACUGACAUCGGUGGUUCUGGGCAGCAUUCUUGUAUAUCUGACGCAUGCAGAGAAACAUGGCGUUCAAGUGAUUGGGCAUCUGAAGAAAGGGCUGAAUCCACCCUCUGCAUCGGAGUUGGCUUUUGGGUCGCCACAUCUGAUGACAGCUAUCAAAACUGGAUUCAUCAUCGGCAUCAUUGGCCUGGCCGAAGGAAUAGCUGUUGGGAGAAGCUUUGCCAUGUUCAAGAACUAUCAUAUUGAUGGCAACAAAGAGAUGAUAGCUUUUGGGAUGAUGAACAUGGCUGGCUCUUGUACUUCCUGUUACUUGACAGCCGGACCAUUUUCAAGGACAGCUGUGAACUUCAAUGCAGGAUGCAAGAGUGCAGUGUCAAAUGUUGUUAUGGCAGCAGCAGUGAUGUUCACUCUGUUGUUCCUCACACCACUGUUCCAUUACACCCCCCUUGUGGUGCUUUCUUCCAUAAUCAUAGCUGCCAUGCUCGGUUUGAUCGACUAUGAAGCUGUCAUUCACCUCUGGAAAAUUGAUAAGUUCGACUUCAUUGUCUGCAUGGGCGCUUACCUUGGUGUUGUCCUUGGCAGCGUUGAGAUUGGCCUAAUCAUUGCAGUCACUGCUUCCCUAGUAAGGAUUCUUCUGUUUGUGGCAAGACCUAGAACAUUUGCUCUAGGCAAGAUUCCAAACUCAGGAAUCUAUAGAAGUGUUGAACAAUACCCAGUUGCAGACAAGGUUCCUGGCGUUCUCAUACUUCAGAUCGAUGCACCUAUAUACUUUGCCAAUGCAAACUACUUAAGAGAAAGGAUCUCAAGAUGGAUCUAUGAGGAGGAAGACAGAUUGAAAUCUACAGGAGAAACAGGCUUACACUACAUCAUAUUAGACAUGAGUGCUAUCGGUAGCAUUGAUACAAGUGGGAUAAGCAUGCUCGAGGAAGUCAAGAAGAACACUGAUAGAAAGGGUCUAAAGUUCGUACUGGCAAACCCACGAAGUGAGGUGAUUAAGAAGCUGGACAAAUCCAAGUUCAUUGAGACAAUUGGUCAGGAAUGGAUCUAUCUUACUGUAGGAGAGGCUGUAGGAGCAUGCAGCUUCAUGUUACACAGAUACAAAUCAAAUCCAAAUGCUGUUGAAUAUGAUGCACAAAAUAAUGUCUGACGUAUGAUCAAUCAAAUCGAGCGAGCUAAUGAUGCGUAACAAGGAAUGAAGAUGACUAAGUGAAUGAGGUGGCUGUCCAUCAUGACAAAACUUAAUCUGCUAUAAAAAAGAUAGGAAGAGUGAAGAAUCUUUUUUGGAUGCAUAACUAUGAAUUUCUGUAAUACUAUACAAGAAAGAAAGAUGAUAUUACGUAGUUCAAUAUAGAACUUGGAUCCUCUUGAAAUCCCUGUUCCUUCUUUAUGUAAUAUCCCAGAAGUCAGAAUAAAAUUAAGAUGCAACUCCUAAUUGCAAAUAUUGGGAGUAAAAUCCCCUUUCGUCCCAAUCAUUCAAUCCAUAUUAUUUCUGGAAUGCCUAUAUGAUGAUAAUAACAACAAAAUAAAAGCACUACAAGUUGACUUCAAAUGGAACUAUAAAAAUAUUCUACGCUGCAUGGUUUCGAAACACAACUAAGUAAAAAUCAAUUCAAGCAUUCCAUGUUUGACAAACAACAAAUGGAUCCGACCAAGAGUGAGCUCAUCAUCACAAAAUCUCAAGUUGCAAAAUCUGGUGAUAAAUCAAUCAUCAGGAUAUAAACCAAAUACUAAAUU